AUGGCUGCGCGAUAUAAGCCCCUGUUGUUUGUGCCACAUCGACAUACAUCGGAAAUUCAUCGCGAGCAGCACAGUUCCCGUUCGUCUUCUCAUGGCACAUCAAAACCAUCGACCACAAGUAGUUCUACUAACGUCAUUGCCUCCUCUUCCUCUUCUUCUUCCUCCUCUUCUUCUUGCCUCUCUCUUUCCUAUUUCACCAACUCACAGGCUCCUUCCACAUUCGUUUCGCAUACUUCCUCUUUCAUCCCACAACCCACCUCCACCUCAUUUAUACCCAACUUAUCCGUUCCUAUAGCUUCAUCACACCCAUCUUCCCAGAACCACGCUCAAUUAAUGACCACUUUAUCUGCCUCUUCAUCCGUUGCACCGUCUGCCUCAUUCUUGAACUUAAAACAUUGCACUUCCAUCGCUUCUCCUCCUGCCCGCAACUCCAUUUCCAACGGCUGCUUUCUUUCACUGCCCCAACCUCUACAACUCGCCCUACCGUCCUGCUCUCCGCGCCUUGCUCAUGGAAAUGUUUCCAUUCCGCAAGCUAUCAGUUCAGUUUUCAUAGUCCCAUUCUCGGCGGCGACAGCAGCCUUGACAGUUCCUGCCAAGGCAGCCAGCGAGCUUACCACUUCGAUGGUCCGGCCCUCUAGACAGUCGACUGCCACCAAGGGCGGGAGCAUUAAGACUAUCCCGAGCCUCAGCGGAGCUCCUGUGACGCAUAGUAAUGGUUUUGACAUGAGCCUCGCUCCUGGCAUCGCCUCUUCCAACGGUCUAAAUCGUGCCUUAUUAUCUGCAGAUAUACAGACUCCUGGAUUAUCUAAUACAGCCUCUCUUCCUUUGAGUAGUCCCCCAGUAACUAAAAGUGCCAUUAUUAAUAGUAAUGACAGUUGUGACAAUUCUGCCCGCAGCAACGCUUCCCCAGACUUGAUGCUUCUUCUUUCGGCUGCAGAUAUGGAUACCAGUACUGGUUUGAUUACUGAUGUAUCGCUACCCCUCUCCUCAAACCUUAGUUCCAAGACGACCAUACUGGAAGCCUGCUUAGGGCAUACCCACUCAGUUCCUGUAAUCUCGAAUAGCAUGUGCCUGCUUUGUGCCUCUCAAAAAUGCACAGGUGAGAAUUCCUUCCUGGAUGUUGUGAUUUCUCCAUUUCCUAAUUCACAGAGCAUGUUUUCUCCCAUAACCUGUCUGGUAUAA